AUGGACUCACUUGUCACUGGAGCACACGCCGAGUCUGAACAAACCAAAAGCUUUCCAGACUCGACUUUGAAGAGCGUCCCGGACCGGUACAACCUCCCAGGGGAUAGUGGCGAUGCGAAGAAGCAGCGUCGUUUGCUUCAGUUUUCGUUCUUUCGUCCAGACAGACUCCAGCCGGAGGUGGACACGCUCACCGAGGCACUCGUGCCUCUGGACGUCGUCGAUGAGCCAGACCCACCGGUUGUCUGUGCCAUCGGCUGGCUCUGCACUCGAGAGGAAGACGAGAUCGCUAGCGCAGUCGAGCGUCUAGCCGUUGAAGGCCGCCUCGCAGAGUACUAUGGUACAACGGACUUGGCCGAGGCUGUCGAUAGGGCGCUCUCCCGCGCUCAGCAAGGUGCUGUAGCGGCAAGUUCGACGCGGAACCGGAUGCCUGUCCUCAAGGGAACUCCGAUUGGACCGAUACGCUCCUGGUGUAUCCAGUUUGGCAUCGAACCACGCAUCUACGUGGAGACGGAUGACGCCUGGUACCACGUGGUGUAUUACGGAGCAUCCCCAGAGUACGCUCCGUUGUUUGAGUCAGCGCGCUCAAAGUUCGAGAUCGCUGUGCGAGCAGAUCUACUUUGUGCGAAAAACCCCGGCGUGCGGCUACGACCUGCUGUGGAUCUUACGUAUGGAUACGUGACGUUUGCCUUGACCUUGCCUUUUGCAGGGAUGCGUUCAUAUACCGAGGAGCAUGUCCAUGAAGUGGCUCCUUUCCUGCUCGAGCAAGCAGCGGAGCUCGAUAGUUAUUUACCUGAAUCACAUUUCCUCUCCGUGCUUGCCCGCCGGGCACCAAUCGGUGGAGCACCCUCGCAGUCGCUUUCAGCAGACGCGCUACCGAACGAGAAGCGCCGACAUUUCAUGUAUCACCUCCGACAUCUGUUGGCAGAGAUAUGCCGACGGAGCGAUGCCCGGGAGCUUCGUGAACUCACCAAUCCUCAAAAGUAUCCAGGAUAUGAGCAGGCAGUGCCUGUGCCUUUGGAUCUGAACCUGAUCAUGCAUCGUUUGCAUACUGCGGAAGGAUAUACCGCAGACGAUCCGGCGGCUGUUGUGCGGGAUGUUCGCCAGGUUUUCCACAACUGUCGGCUUUUUCUGCAGGUCUCCGAUAAGGAGUCGCAAAAGAUACUGGUGCGGGCGACUCGGGUUGAACACUUUUUCGACGAACGACUGCUGCAGCUUGAGCUUGCGCUGCGAGAUGGCUCGCUUCCACCGGCAGUCGGCCAGCUCGGCGCGUCUCUGGAUGCAUCAACAGUAGCGUAUGAUCACGCGCUCACGUACGAGGGCGACGGAAACGGGCAACAACACGCAGCAGCUGGGUCGGAAGGGGCACGAACGCCUGAUGCAGCCGAUAUUUCGGGCCCCGAGUGGUCGCACCAACUUGCAGAUACCGGUUCGGUGGAGGCAUUGCGGGGCAAACGCACGGCGAAGCGUCGACGGCCGUCGGAGCAGUCGGCCGGCAAGGGCAUCGGCAACGGCCGCGACCCCUUGUCCGCUGUUGUAGAUCCCGUCACUGAAGGCACCGCUUCCAAGCCGAACGAAGAUGCUCGUAGCGGUAUACGUGGGAACAGUGGAGUUGCUGCUGCUGCUGCUGGUGCUGCUGUUGCUACACUUCCCAAACCGGUCUGCGCAUAUCCGAUCUGCACACACGAACCGCGCCGUGGUUCAAAGUACUGUUCGGACGAAUGUGGGUGCGCUGUGGCUGUACUCCGUCUGGCGGAAUCUGUAGAGACAUUGCCGCGAGCUGCUCGUAAAGCCCUCCUGGCUGCAGAGGUGGUGGUUCGGGGCUUUGCGGCCGCCGGAAAAGAGGCGCAACGAGCUGCAGAAUUGCUGCUCCGAGAGCAAGAGAAGCGAGAACAGGAGGCACAAACAGCGCAUGCGUCGCAGGACGCUCCGCAAAACGAUCGAGGUAUGCCUCCAGAGUUCCGACCACCACCUCCACUUGCAGCGACUGCAUCGGCUGCGGAAAAAGCAGCCUAUGCGAGUUUGAAUGGCGUUAUCGAAGAAGCGACCAAGCUGCACUGCCAGCUGAAGCGCGUGGACGCGCAGAUUGCGGAAACCAGCGUCCUUGUGGCUGCGGCUCCCGAGGGUUACUGCGGGUUUGGUGGAUACUGUCAGUGGUCGUGGCGUGGAGGUCAGCGACCUAGCCCAAUUGCUGCAGGGCUGCGUACUGCAGAUGCACCCGAGACUGGAUCGGAAAACGUGCAGUCUCGACCGUGUCCAAUUCAUGGAAAUUGGCGAGUGAACAAGCCGCUUGAGUAUCACCGGGAGCGCCAGCAUGUUAUAUCGCGCCUUCAGGACCUCAGUGUCAUGUAUCGCCGACUCUGGGAGCACCUGAAGCUAGGAAUCCCGCAUCAGAGCGAAUCCAUGGAAACGAAUGGCUAG